AGGAUGUCGGCGCUGAGGAAGGUCUGUAUGAGCUGUUGGCUGUUGUGCCAGGCCGGCUGGGGCCACGUGUGGACAGCCAGGAAGACCUGACCUUCCUCUGGGAUAUGUUUGGUGAGAAAAGCCUGCAUUCACCGGUAAAGAAGUUACUCGUCGAGCACCAUUUUCCUUUAGAUCUUCACAAUAUCCUGGGUAGCCUUAUGUUGUGAGGUGGAAGUCUCUACUCUUCUGUGGCUGCUGUGGCCAAGACUUCCAAUACUGUGUUAGCAUCCUCGCCUUGUUCCUGAUGUUAAGCAGGAAGCUUUUCCCUGUUGAGCAUGAUGCUAGCUGUGCACUGGUCAUACGUGGCCUUACAUUUUGAGGGUGUGUGGUGAGCUCAGAUCUGAGCAUUGACUGAGCAUGGGGGUGGCUCUGACAAGGUCUGCACAGUGGACUGCUGCUGGAUAUGGGACCAGAACCCUGGAAAUUACUCCACUGAAUGAAGUGAUAUUGAAAGAAAUUGCGAUGUUUGUGGAGAGUUUUAUCUACAAACAUCCUCAAGAAGCAAAAUAUGUUUUUGUAGAACCACUUGAAUGGAAAACAAACUUGGACCCCUCAGCAUUUGAAUCAGGAUAUAUUGUCAGUGAAACAACAGUCAAGUCAGAAGAAGUUGAUAAAGAUGGGCAGCCUUUGCUCUUUCUCUCUGUGCCACACAUUAAGAUCAGGAGCUUGGGGCAGCUGUCACGUUUGCUGCUUAUUGCCAAAGACAGAAAGCUGAAGGAAGCACAGGCUUGUAUCAAAGCUAACAGAGAUCCUGUAACAAAAAUCCUGGGUUUGGAUUAUAACACGGUGAAAGAAGACACAUCCACAGUAAAUAUUCUUGAUAAAAUUACCAAAGAUGAAGAUCCUGAGAGUGAGAUAAAGAUGAAGGUUGGCAUGCUGCUUAAGCAACUGGAUCUGCACCUACUGAAUCAUUCUCUAAAACGUAUUUCAUUACAAAUCUGUUUAAACCCAACAACUGUUAAGAACGAUAUAGAACUGCUGAAACAUUUCUCAGGAAAAGGAGAACAAACUGUCUUGGAAUCUAUUGACUAUACUUCAGAUUAUGAAUUUUCAAAUGGAUGUCGAGCCCCACCUUGGAGACAAAUUUAUGGAGAAAUUUGUUACGUGCUGAUAAAACCCCAUGAUGUUGAAACUCUGUGUGUUACUUGUAGUACAGAAGGAGUAUUUUUAAAUGGCGGCAAAACAGAAGAUGAGGGGGAAAUUAAUUAUGGGAGAAAAAGUGAAAUGUAUAAAGACCUUGUCACAUUUUUAAAAGAAAAAUCGGCAAAAUUUUCAGAAAAUAUGUCUAAACAGAGUAUUUCUGCAAGACUUCCAAAGAAAUCUGUUGAUUGUUUACCUGGAGCUGCAGAUCAACAAGGGCAAAGUAUAUUCAGUGAACAAGUAGAAGAUUCUCCUGGAAAAGAUCUUCUUCACUGGGAGUCUACCACUAAAGUGAAAGAUUCUGUUCCUAAUGAAGCAGUCGCAACGAGUGAUAAACAAACACCCAGAUCAGAUUUGUCAUCAGAACCAGACUUAGAAGUGGCAUCACAGCAAAAGCAAGAGCAAGAAAGGCCUGAUAAAAGUGAAAAUAACCACCCCCAGGAUAAAGUUAUUUUACAAACAUGUAUCCUGGCUGAAAAGACAUCUGAAAGCCAAACCAAUCAAAUUAACAUUCCACUUGUGCAACUGCAAAAUAUGGCUCGAGAACCAGAAAUGAAUAUGGAAUGUGAUAGACAGGGUGAUAGAUCUGUACAUUCAGAACAUCCUCGUGUGCACAAGAAGUAUGAGGAGAUACAGAUGAAACAAGGCAAAUUAGAUUGGAAAAAUAAUGUGAAACGCAUGAGCAGAGAGUUAAAGAAGAAGAUUGGUAAAACUUGUGAAAAGUACCAAAUUAUUACUCAUCCUAAGUUAGAACCACUACGUGGUAAUUCUAAAGAAGCAGACGUAAAGGAAAUACCUCCUAAUGUGACAAAAGUUACACUUGAUUGUGAGGAAAAGGAUGAAUUGGGAGUGUCUGUCUCUGUAGUACCUCAGGCCUUUCCUGAACAAAAAGAGCCUAGUCUCGAAAAUGCUAUUCUCUCUCAUUCAUACUCUGGGUCCCCAGACUAUGCUUGCCAGUCAUCUUCUAAGCUUUCUUCCCAUGAAAAUGAUAACAAACCAGGUGAGCAUGUUUUUAACAAAAAUGAGAGUCUUGAUAGCGAUCCAGAAAAUAAAAAAGUAAGGAACCCACUAGUUACAUUUGAAGUGAAAGAAGACCAAGAGUUUGACAUGCAGAUGGCCAAAAGUUUGAACCAAAAUACCACCAAUAGUAAAUUAGACACUGGAUAUAUCCCUCCGUAUAGUGACCCAGAAAGCCUUUUUGAUUUGCGGCUUGCCCACUCCAAUGUGGCGAAACAAAUGAUUCAGAAGAAAAGGCAUGAUACUUCUGCUAUUACGAACACUUACAAGAAAACAAAACCAAUACAAGACUCUUUCCAGAAGCCAUUAGAUGCAGAUAAUGACAGUACUAAUAACUAUAAAAGUACGGAACCUGCAUUAGAAAAUGUGAGUUCUUCACCACGUCCUUUCAGAACAUCAAAAGUAUAUCAAAAAGAAGAAUUACAGCAAGAUAUGCAAAAUCUGCAAAGGUUUAAGAAUGAGAAAGGCAUGUUACAAGUAGAACUCCUGGCUUUGGAAAAAGAGAAAGUUGAACUUCAAAAAGAGACUGGAAAAGAAAGGAAGCAGCACACGAGUAAUAAAAUGGAAGGAGCAGAAAACAUAUAUGAUGAUGCUGCUGCUGCUGCUGCUGCUCCUGCUCUUGGUACUGCUCUUGCUGUUGCUGCUGCUGCUGCUGCUGCUGCUGCUCCUGCUCCUGCUGCUGGACUAAUUCAACAAAGAAAGACUGGAAAAACUGAUAACCACCUGUUUCCUACUACGCAGAAUGAAGAUUCUGAUAGUAAUGAUCCUGGUUUGUCUAUCAUGGAAAUAAAGAAAGAUAAAAAUGUAAAGUGGGCAUCAAAAGCAUCUGUGAUUACACCAGGCUUUGAGGAGGCCGAUUCCCUAACUGGUAGUCUACUACGAGUGAGUAAUGACAACAGUCUAAGUAAAAUGGAUCAGGAUGAAAGAAGACCUGCAAAGAAAACAUCUAAGGAAAAGAACAAGGUCAAAAAGCAAGUGAAUUCUGCGGAGCAUCUUGAUGACGAGCAUCUUGAUGACUUAACUCAGUCAUCUGAAGCAGCUUCAGAGGAUUGCAAGUUGCAAUACUCUGAUUAUAAGAGUUCCCUGUUGCUCAUUGAACUUGGCAUGGAUUGUAAAGAUUCUGUUAGCGUAUUGACAAUCCAGAAUGCAAUUCUUAAAUACAAAAGAUCAAUAGAAUUAAAAAGAAAAGACUGUGAACAACUUACAAGAAAAAUUUUACAAGUGGAAUAUAAGGUCAAUGGACUAGAACAGUUGCUAUCAGAAACAAAAGAAAUGAAAUCUCAGUUAGAGCAUCAAAAAGUGGAAUGGGAACGAGAACUCUACAGUUUAAGAUUGACCUUAAAACAAGAAAAAGAAAAAAGAAGAAGUGCUGAAAUUUUAUAUAUAAAUAUUAAGGAGCAAUUAAGAAGUAAAGAAGAGCUGAGUGAAGUUUCUCCUCCUCAUGAAAAAGAAAAAGGUCUGUUACAUGAAAACCGCAUGUUGCAAGAUGAACUUGCCAUGCUAAGACUGGAAAUAGACACAAUAAGGAAUCAGAAGCAGGAAAAGAGGUAUUGUGAAGACACUGAAACUGAAAAAGAAAAGAAUGACAGUCUUCAAAACGCCAUAAAACUGAAUGAGGUAACAUUAACAAAUACAGUAUUCCAAUCUAGUGGGCAGCUGAAUGUUGUGACAACUGAGAAUACCAUGCUGAACUCUAAAUUGCAGGAUGAAAAGCUAAACAGAGAAAGACUGGAAGCAAAACUUCAAUCAUACCGAGCUAGACUCGCUACAGCUAUACAGGAUCGUGAUCAAAGUCAGGCAUCAAAAAGAGACCUAGAACUUGCUUUCCAGAGAGCCAAAGAUGAGUGGUGUCAUUUACAGGACAAAAUGAACUUUGAGAUGUCUAACCUAAAAGAUAACAAUGAGGUGCUUUCUCAGCAACUUUCUGAAGUCGAAAGUAAAUUUAAUGCCCUAGAAAUUGAGCUCCAGUAUACAAGAGAUGCUCUCAGAGAAAAGACGUUGGCUUUAGAACAUUUACAAAGAAACCCAAAACAAACACAGGGUCAGAAGAAGGAAAUUGAGCAGAAAUCUCAAAACGAACAAGGAAGUGAAUAAAUACAUGGGAAAGCAUGAAUCCUUAGAAGAGAAAUUAUCCAACUAAAAAGUGAAAAUAUGUUGCUCCGAGAGCAACUAGAUGAUGCCUACAGCAGAGUGGAAUGUAAAGAAAAGACUAUAAUUGAUCUCAAAGACCAGGUUCAGGUUAUUGUAAGAAUGGUUCGAGUUGCAGGUGAAAAACGAGCUCUUCUACUGCGAGAAAAAAAUAAGGAGUUAAUCAAUAAAUGUAAACAGAUAAUGGAAAGAGCAUUUAGAUAUGAAGAUGAGAAAGAAGAAAGAGAAGCUUAAGAACCACUUAAACAUGUUAAGAAGGAUGUUAAGUAAAUAUGAAAAUGGAGAGCUUCCUUUCUAUGGGGAUUUAAAAACCAGUCAAACGGAAAUGGAAAUUCAGAUUAAUAUGCUAAGACAGAAGAUUGGUGAUCUUAGAGCAAGAUUGGAAACUGAAUCUUCAAGAUGUAUAGACCUGGAUGCAAAAAAUCAAGUUCUUCAACAGGAGUUAUUAUCUAUGAAAGCAACAGAGAGGGAAUGUGAAAAACUAAAACAGAUUAAAAAGAACUUGGAAGAAAAAGUAGUAAACCUCAGAAGUCAUGCAGAAGUCAAUGUGGUACAAGGCAUUCAAGUAGAAAAGUAUUAUAAAUGGGAGAUUGACCAGAGAGUAAGAUUGAUUGUAGAAGAAAGAUUAAAAGAAGUCAAUCUAUUUUU